AUGGUGGAGGCGCAAGAGGCCAUUCGAGAGAGGACCACCCUGCAGUUGCAGAAGGCAGCACUGGCCAAGGAGGUGGAGGAGCUGAAACGGUCGAAGGCCGAGGAGGGUAGCUGUUGCCCGAGUCGAAGUAGUCGAGUCGUUCCGAACGUCAGAGGAGCUGAAGAGUUAUAUCAUGGACCAGUUGGUAGAUGA